GCCGUUCGUGUCGAUGAACGGGCGAUUGAAUCGAAGUGAUCGGGCUUUCUGUAGGCCAAUAGCUGCGCUUCGGACGCCAAUUGGUAUGCACCCGUUCCGCGAAGCUUUCAAGCAGCUGUCAGCUCGGCCGGGACUCUGCACGGCUCCGCAGGGAGCUCCUCACACCCCCUUGGGCGAUAUCUGAGGCACCGAUUCUGCAAGGCAAAGUCGGGCACAUCGAUGGUCGGAGCCAAAGGUGACACCGGUGAAGCUUCGAGUGCUCAGUGUGCAUGCGCAUCGAUGCUUCCUCUCCUUCCUUUCGGGGCCUCCAUCACUCAACGAAGCAGGUCGGCCUCUUCGGCAGGCUUCUUGUUCGGCCACGGGGGCAGCGAAGACGUACCGUCGUGCACUUCAAGCUCGCGCACUUGGUACUGGAUGGAAGCUCCGUUUGGGACUCCGGUGAGGCCCUUCCAUGACGAUGAGAAGCACCCGGUCCAUACCUCUGGCGGCCGAACAGGCUUGCAGACGGUCUCGCGGGGUCUAUGCAGCGCAUCCGGAGGCUACGUCAUCGAGGCCAGUUUCUUGAUCAACUGCGCGGACGAUCGAUUGCAUGGUUUUCCCCGCAGGACCUGUCGAUCGCAUUGGGGUGCGCGAUGUUCCGUCGGACGUUUCCUGUGUGGAAUACGGCUUCCUUCUUGCUGUGUUCUGCAGCGUGGGGCAGCUCUGGCCUCGACUGGAAGCGAUCGCUGUACACUACAUUGACACGGUCGCGCUUCUCUUCUCUCUGCAGCCAAUGCCCGACGCGUGGGAGCGCUGGACGGCUCUGAUAGACACGCACUCUCCCUUCGGUUCUCAAGAGCUGUGGGCUUGGGAAGACAUACGUGCACCAUACCCCUUUCGUCCUUGGCACGCGGCCGACCGUGAGCGCACCUUCCUCGCCGUCGCCGCUGCGCUCGCUCGCAUGCGUGCUCUCGUGCCCGACUCAAGCUCUCGGGUGCGCUCGACGUCGGACGGCUUCCCAGGCACCGUAUCCCGUCGCAGUGGGAUCCAAGUCCGCACCCGGCCAGGAGCAGGCGCGGCCGUGUACAUGUCUGCCUGUCCCCAGGCUGCUCGGUCGCGCGCGGGUAUCUGCUAA